GAGGAAGCGCAGUCAGUCAAGGCCGCGGCUUCAACGGAACACCUUUCUUUUUUUUUUUUUUUUAAACUACAUUCAUCGAACUGACUUUAAAUAACGUCAGUUUAACGCUAGAGCGCUGUUUUGGAAGCUGUGCUGUAAUCGGUUUGUAAGGAGUCUAUAACCGUCAUCAUGAGUAAUUUCGGGGACGAUAGUGAUUCUGAGGUGGAUCGGAUCAUGACGGACCGGCCACCCAGCAGUUAUGGCUCCAUGCAAAGUGACCAUGAAGAUGAAGAGGAGGAUGAAUUUGAAGAACCUCCGAUCAAACUACCUGCAGCAAGGGUCAGGCUUUACCGCUCCGAUUCGCCUGAGACUGCGAUUACUGAACGUACGAACACAAACCAGUCCAGCAUAUACAACGAUGGACCGGUCCUGAAACCACAGUACUCCAUGCAUGGAGCAGAUUCUCAUGACCAAUACAGCAUUAACAUAGAGCCUUCGAUCGCGGAGCCGCCUGAGCUUCAGAGUGACUUAAGGACAGAAGCAGCGAUGGAUGGAGAGCAGAACGACAGAGACUCGGAGAUGAAUGAGAGAGACCCGCAGGAGCAGCAGAAUGAAAGCGCUGCGAUGGAGGAGGAGGAGCAGGCAGAGGCCACAAAAGACGACGAUGAUUUUGAUGAAAUUGUUGUAGGUUUCGAAGAACCCAAAGAUCCUCCUCGUCCUCCGGAAGAAGGCUUGGGGCUACAGUUUCAACACACACACAGCUCCCUUGCCAUGCCCCAUGUGAUGAGGCAAAUGGUGGGGUGUCUUUCCCAGCUCCAUCCGGCAGAUAUCACCUAUUUAAAGUGCUCUCUGAGUACUAACUGCAGAUUCAAGAAGUAUUCCUCAAAGAUUGCUGAUUUUAAUGACCCGCUCGAUCUGGCCGAUAAAAUGAUUGAGGUCUGCGGGCUGGGAGAAGCUCUGCAUAUGACCAUACGAGGCAUACAAAAUGUCGGAAACGACGCUCUGGCAGAAUACCUGAGGAAGACCUGCAGAAGAGCCGUGUUACAGCAUGACCUGAAGUUAGCCCACGACCGACGCUAUUACUACCUCUACGAAGGCCGAUGUCGACCAGGACGGCAGCGGUACAUCAGCGACGUUUACGUCGAGCCCGUAACAGUCAUCAGAGGCAUUAGGGAGCCCAUCAACCUCGAGAAUGAGGUCUAUAAGAUACCAUAUACGAUCAAGGAAACCCAAAUCAGAGCCGCCGAUAUAUUUCGACCCCUUCCUCAUGAACAGAAACCCAUCCGUACGAUCAUGAUGACUGGAAUUCCCGCCUGCGGUUUAACGGUAGCCGUGAAUAAGUUCAUCAUUGAUUGGAAGGAGGGAAAAAACAAUCAGGAUUUUCAAUUAGUCUUCCCUUUGCCAGCAAAAGAGCUACACCUUGGGAAAGAUGGAAAUCCGAGCUUCCUAGAGCUGCUCGGUAGCUUUUUCGCAGAAGCCGAUGACAUUAAAUUCAUCGAGAAGCCCGAUUGCUUGAGUCUCUUCAUCAUUGACGCUCUAGAACUUUGCAAACACAACCUGGACUUUAAAAACAAUGAAGUUAUCACAAGCGCCAGGGAGAAAGCACCAUUAGAUGCCCUUCUCACCAGCCUAAUAAAAGGCACUUUGCUUCCUAACGCACGAGUUUGGAUCACCAGCCAUGUCACUGCCUCCCACCGAAUUCCUUCAGAGCUAAUCGACAGGUAUGUAGAGUUAAGAGGAUUCACGGAUGAGAUGAAGAAAGAGUAUUUCACCAAGAGAACCACUGACCCUGAGCUCGGGAGGAAGGUUUAUAACCACAUGAAGAGCUCCAAAGCCCUUGAGAUCAUCUGCCACCUUCCUCUCUUCAGCUGGAUGGUGGCGUUCAUCUUCGAACGAGGGUUUCAAGAUCCUGAGUACGGCAAACAGCCGCCUGGCAUCACGACGUUUUAUGCCCAGUUGAUCGUCGUGCAGAUGAACCGCUCAUUCGAGAAGUACCGCGGCUGUAACGUUGAGGCACAGAAGUGGAGGGAUGAAGAUAAGUCGUUUAUUGAGAUGAUGGGGAAAAUGUCCUUUCAGUUGAUAAAAGAAGGUCGGGAUUGGUUUACGGUGGAAGAUUUGAAGUCUGUCGGCCUGACCUAUGAAGAUUUGCGCAGUCGCGAUGAAUUAACCACUGAGGUCAAACGAGAGAAUGAAGACAUUCGUACUUGGAUCUUCAAGUUUGUUCACCUUACCGUUCAAGAGUAUAUGGCGGCCAUGUACGUCUAUGUAGCGUUUAGGAAACAUGAUAAAAACAUGAUCGAACCAAGCAAAAUGUCUUGGUUUCAAGGUCAAAACAAGGAUCGGCCUGUGAUUGAACUGUACCGUCCUGCCAUCGACCGCGCGCUGGCGUCUCCCAAUGGUCAUCUGGACAUGUUCCUGCGCUUCCUGAUCGGAUUGGUGACUCCAGGGACUGAGGAGAACCUGCACGGAUACCUGCUCAGUCACUACCACCCCAAAGCCAAAGGCACGGAAGAUGUGGUCAAAUACAUCAACAAAACAAUUAGCGAUAAAAACACCCAUCCUGACAGGAGAAGAAAUCUGGAGUUGUGUCUGGUGGAGCUGGAGGAAGGCAAACAGGGAAGAUGAGAAGAAAUAGGAGAGUGUUGAUCUGUUAAGCGGGACUGUGAAACACUAAACUAAACGCAGUGUCCCACAGGAACAAUUCCGUUAAAGGGAUGGUUCACCCGGUCAUUAUUUAUAAUUCUGGUCAAAAGUUUAGGAUUCAUUUGGAUUUAUGUUUUUGAAAAGUCUCUUCCGAGGCUGCAUAGAUUGGAUCAGAAACGGUGAUCUUGUGAAAUGUUAUUUCGGUUUAAAAUAGCUGUUUUCAUUUUGAGUGCAUGUUAAAAUGUAAGUAGUAAUGCAAUCACUACUCCAGUCUUCAGUUUGAUACUUCAGAAAUCAUUCUAAUAUGCUGAUUAAUUAUUGUCAAUUGUUUUUUUUC